UCAUUUCAGGCCUUAGUUUCCCAAUGCCUUUAACAACUCGCUCAGUCUCCCCAGUAAAUUUAUCCCUUCAUCGACUCCCCGAUUCUGUCAAACAAGACGAACUUCAAUGCAUUACAAACGGAACAUUUGCAAAUUUAAUAAGACAAUUGAGCUCUUUAAGUCGACAUGCUCAACAAAUAUUUUCUGAUAUCCACAGGGAAGUAUUGAAAAUUGAUCAUAGAACAAACACUUUAUUUUUGCGUGUUGAAAGGUUAGCUCAAAAAGUUGCUCAACAAUCACAAAAUUCGUUGGACCAGACAAAUUUGGAAGAAGCAGCACUACGCAAAGCCUUUAAAAGCUGUAAUAUAAUUGACCAGCAUUCUCUAAGUAGACAAACAUUGCCAACUUCUUUACAAGAGCAAUAUCAACAAUGUGACCCACCUCCAGAAUUAAACGAAUUAAAUCCUUAUAGAGAAGAUGAAAAAGAAGCUCUUCGUUAUUACACAGAUCCUGGCUAUUUUUUUGAAUUGUGGAGACAGGAAAUACUUAAAGAGUGUGGGACGUCUGGAGAGAAGAGGCGAACAGGUCGUUCACCAACAAGCCCUCAUCGCCGCAACCGUGAUCAAAAACAGCAAAAGCUACACAACAUUUCUCAACAACAACAGAACGCUCUUUUAAACUUUCAUUCUUCACGUUCAACAAAUUAUUCACGUUAUUUGCCUCCUGGAAAUAAUGGGAAAAAUUUGACCGGCAAAAAUCAGCGGACAGGGCGAUUGCCUAGUUCUGCAACUGAAGUUUUACAUUUUCCAGCGGAAUAUCAGGCCCCACAAGCUUUAUUAGCUGAACGUGAAAUGAUGACUAGUACAUCUACACCAAUGCAACCACCACCUGGAAUGACAAUGAUGAUGAAUUAUGGAUCAAAUAAUAAUAAUAAUGAUUUUGGUGGGCAUAAUAUUUGUGGUGGUUUUAAUGGGGGAAAUAAUAAUAAAAAUAAUUUUGUGGAGAAUAAUACACAAGGAUUGCUUCGAAAUGUUUCAAAUACUACUACUACGGAUUCUGGUGGACAACAAGGCUCAGAUUUUAAUAAAAUGGAUGAACUUUUACGUAAUUUAAAUUUGUCUACAUCCCAAAAUUCUGAAAAUAUCCGUAAAGAAAUUGCAUUUUUGGAUGAUGAAGAUCAUGAAUUACCUCCUCCACCACCACAAAAUAUGCUUGGAUCUUCACAAAAAGAUGUUGUUGUUGUUUUUCGUCCUCCACCAAUAUUAGAAAAUUCAAUGGAAAAUUCUUUAUCAGAAAAUAAUUUUAUUGAAAAAAAUGAUCAUGAAUUUCCUCCUCCUCCACCUUUACAACAACAUCAGCAAAAUAUUGCUGCUAAUCAAUUUCAAUAUUUACCUGCUGGAGGAACUGAAAUUUCAACUACAACAACAACUCCAGAAGAGAAUAAUAUUAAUAUUAAUCAAGUUGUUUCUAAUGUUAGUUCAAAAGAACAGAUUCAAUCAUCUGUGCCUCCACCACCACCACCCCCGCCUCCUCCACCACCUCCACCGCCUUCUAAUUUCAAUUUAAAACAACAAGAAGGUACAAAAACUUUUUCAACUAGUGAAAAUACAAGUCGAAAACCUUCAACUACUUCUAGUGAAGAUGGAACAAAGGACAAUCGUUCAUUAUUAUUAAUUCAAAUCCAAGAAGGUGUCCAAUUAAAAAAAGUUCAAAAACAAGAAGAACAGGCAGAAAAAAGAGCUGUAAAUGAUUCAACAGAUGUUGCUGCAAUUUUACGUAAAAGAAUGGAACAUUGUUUUGGUGGGUCUUCUGAUGAAUCGAGUUCUAAUAGUCCAACUGGGGAUGAUAAUGAAUGGGAUUAA